AAAAAAUUGAGGCCUAUAAGCCAUUGACCAUGGGGCCAUGACCAUGACCCUGACCCUGACACACCCCGUUAUUAAAGGCAUUCUCAUUAAUUGGACUCAGCCGCUGCUCCUGGAUCCGCCCUACGGUCCGUCCAAAUUAAACUUCACUCAGGCAACAUACAGGGAGGACAAGUUCCGUACGGAACGCAGAAUACGGUGUCGUUUUAUCUCAAAGCCAGGCAAUUCCAAUUUCACUCUCUUUUUCUCUGCACAGAUCUGUUGUUUGCCUGGGCUGUCUCGCUAGAACCUUUCUCCGCAACCAUGGUUUCCACCAGCAAGAUCAAAUCUGUGGAUUUUUACAGAAAAAUUCCUAGGGAUUUGACGGAGGCAUCAUUAUCGGGUGCAGGGUUAUCCGUAAUAGCAGCCUUAUCCAUGAUGUUUCUAUUUGGAAUGGAACUGAGUAAUUAUUUGUCAGUGAGCACCUCUACAUCUGUUAUUGUUGACCAGAGUUCUGAUGGGGAUUUCUUACGAAUUGAAUUCAAUAUCAGUUUUCCUGCUCUCUCAUGUGAAUUUGCAUCAGUUGAUGUGAGUGAUGUGCUGGGAACAAACAGGCUGAACAUAACAAAAACUAUUCGUAAGUAUUCAAUAGAUCCAGAUUUAAGACCUACUGGCGCUGAGUUUCAUUCAGGACCAGUUGGGAAAGUCAUCAAGCAUGGAGAUGAAACUGAUGAAGAAUAUAGUGAAGGUUCUGCUUCACUAACAGCUCAGAAUUUUUAUAAAUAUUCACAUCAGCAUGCUAUUUUGGUUGUCAAUUUCUUUGCUCCUUGGUGCUAUUGGAGUACUCGCCUGAAACCUUCAUGGGAGAAGGCGGCCAAAAUAAUAAGAGAAAGAUAUGACCCAGAAUUGGAUGGGCGAAUUGUUAUGGCAAAGGUUGACUGCACUGAAGAAGGUGAAUUGUGUAGGAGGCAUCACAUACAGGGUUAUCCGUCUAUUCGUAUUUUCCGUAAAGGAAGUGAUGUGAGGGACGAUCACGGACACCAUGAUCACGAAUCCUAUUAUGGAGAUCGAGAUACAGAUACCCUGGUUACUACGAUGGAAACUUUGGUUGCUCCAAUUCCACUGGAGUCUCAGAGGCUAGCUUUGGAGAAUAAAUCUGAUAGUACGGCAGACCAUAUAAAACGUCCUGCACCCAGAACAGGUGGAUGCAGAAUUGAAGGUUUUGUGCGUGUUAAGAAGGUUCCAGGCAACCUUGUCAUUUCAGCUCGCUCGGGAUCCCAUUCCUUUGAUCCCUCUCAAAUGAACAUGUCACAUGUUAUUUCCCACCUUUCAUUUGGCAGAAAGAUUGCACCAAGGGUGAUGAGUGAUAUGAAACGAGUGCUACCAUAUAUUGGUGGAAGCCAUGAUAGAUUGAAUGGCCGGUCAUAUAUUAGUCAUCCUAGUGAUUCAAAUGCAAAUGUUACUAUAGAGCAUUAUCUUCAAGUAGUGAAAACAGAGGUGAUAACAACUCGUGAUCAUAAGUUGGUCGAGGAGUAUGAGUACACAGCCCACAGUAGUUUGGUGCAGAGUUUAUAUAUCCCUGUUGCAAAAUUCCAUUUCGAGCUAUCUCCUAUGCAGGUCUUAGUGACAGAAAAUAGGAAGUCCUUCUGGCACUUUAUUACAAAUGUCUGUGCCAUCAUUGGAGGUGUUUUCACGGUUGCUGGGAUAUUGGACUCAGUUCUGCACAACACAAUGAGACUGAUGAAAAAGAUUGAACUAGGGAAAAAUUUUUGAUGGGAAGAUGAAUUAUUGGCAUAUUUCUCACACCCCAUUUGUCUGUGUGACAUGGUCUAUGUAAAAAGAAGUGCCAAUGUGUAUGCCCCUCUCGAAUAUGCAUGAGAAAACAUAAACAUAUUAGCCACUCUAGUUGCUCAUACAGGAAAUGAUUAAAGAAAGAUUUUGGGUAAUGCAUGCAAGGAUUUAUUUUUAUCA